AUGUCGUCAAGUAUGACAGAUGAAUCGAGGAGCCUCUUCGAGGAUGAGGGUUAUUCAUCGGAUGAUAGCACAGCAAGCACGAUACCCCCUUCGAUCUGGAUAGGCGAAGACUUUCAGGGUCGCAGGUAUCAUGCAUUUCACGCCGAAAAAUAUCCCUUCCCUGACGACGAGGAUGAGUGGGCUCGCCUCAAGAUCCUGCACGACGUUUGGCUCGCAGCAUUACAGGGGUCUCACGCUCUUGCACCGUUUAUCAACUCCCAGCUGUUAGCUGUACUUGAUAUUGGAUUUGGCACAGGAGACUGGGCCAUCAAUUUUGCUCAGCAAUAUCCGAACGCUCUGGUUACCGGCAUCGACUUGAGCCCGCCACGAUUCAUUUGGGGAACACCAAACCUGGACAUCGUUAUCAGUGAUUUUGACGAUCGCUGGCCUCGGCAGAAGUAUGAUUUCAUCCAUAGCAGGAUGCUCGCAGGCUCGAUAAGAGACGUGGAUGAUCUGGUUCGGAACUGUUUUCACGGACUUAAUCCAGAUGGAUUUAUCGAGAUGCAGGAUACACUUCCAUUCGCCUGUGACGAUGGCAGUUGGACUGGAUCCUCGCUAGAGGAUUGGAACUCUUUGAUGCAGUCCGCUGCUAGGCAGCGAGGGACGGAUCUAGCUAUCGCGCUUCGCUACGAGUCAGCAAUGAAAAGUGCUGGGUUUCAAGAUGUGUCUCUACACAUUAGGAAAUUACCAGUAAAUACUUGGCCGAAAGACUCGGCCUUCCACUGGAUUGGAAAGCGCCUCAAACGGAGUAUGUUGAUCGGCUUGAGCGGAAUGUCGCUGAAGCUGCUCAGGCAAGAGUUGAACAUGAGAGAGGACGAGUACCAGGUUUUGCUGGCUGGAGUGCGGAAAGAUCUUUGCGAUCACAAAAUACACGCAUACCUACCAAUCGUCGUUGUCUACGGUCGCAGACCAGCUGCAGGAACUGUUGGUGAAGCGUGA